UAAGAGAUUAAAGUGAAAAUUCUCUAAUCUUUGGGGGUAAAAAGUGCAAUCGCCCUAAAUAAUAAACUAAACCACGAGCAUAAAAGUACUAUUCUCUCCUCCUCCAGAUCUAAAUCUGGUAGCCUACUUACUUCCCUCGCCAGCCACCAACUCACCACUGCCACUACCUAUAUCUGUGUAUCUUCGUCUCCAUAAGCAAGAUUGUCCGAUCAUCUUCGUCCGCUCUAGCUCUCGCUUCGACGAUUCAACCUCCGGCAAUGGAGUACGAUGGAAUUCUGUUGGGAAUGGGCAAUCCACUCUUGGACAUCUCAGCUAUUGUGGAUCAACAACUCUUGGACAAAUAUGAUCUCAAGUUGGACAAUGCAAUUCUUGCAGAGGAAAAGCAUGUACCUAUGUAUGAAGAAAUGGCAUCGAAGUACAAUGUUGAGUACAUUGCUGGAGGUGCUACUCAAAAUGCGAUUAGAGUAGCUCAGUGGAUGCUUCAAGUCCCUGGUGCAACGAGUUACAUGGGUUGCACUGGAAAGGACAAGUUUGGGGAUGAAAUGAAGAAAAACUCAACAGCUGCCGGUGUUAAUGUCCGCUACUAUGAGGAUGAGUCCGCACCAACGGGUACUUGCGCUGUUUGUGUAGUGGGUGGUGAAAGGUCUCUUGUUGCCAAUCUGUCGGCUGCAAAUUGCUAUAAAUCUGAACAUUUAAAGAGACCAGAAAAUUGGGCACUUGUUGAGAAGGCGAAGUACUACUACAUUGCUGGAUUCUUUCUCACUGUUUCCCCUGACUCCAUUCAGCUUGUUGCUGAGCAUGCAGCAGCAAACAACAAGGUCUUCAUGAUGAACCUUUCUGCUCCAUUUAUUUGUGAGUUCUUUAAAGAUGCUCAAGAGAAACUUUUGCCGUAUAUGGACUUUGUUUUCGGAAACGAGACAGAAGCAAGAACCUUCUCAAAAGUUCAUGGUUGGGAGACUGAGAAUGUUGAGGAAAUAGCUAUAAAAAUUUCCCAGUGGCCAAAGGCAUCGGGCACACACAAGAGGAUUACUGUUAUCACGCAGGGUGCAGAUCCAACAGUUGUUGCAGAGGAUGGGAAGGUGAAAUUGUUCCCUGUAAUAAAGCUACCUAAAGAAAAACUUGUUGAUACCAAUGGUGCAGGGGAUGCAUUUGUUGGGGGGUUUCUCUCUCAAUUGGUUCAAGGAAAACCCAUUGACGACUGUGUAAAAGCUGGUUGUUAUGCAGCAAAUGUGAUCAUCCAAAGGUCUGGUUGCACAUACCCUGAGAAGCCUGAUUUUAAAUAA